AGUUUUUUAGAAUUUAGGUUUUUUGACGAUCUCCUUUCCUUUUAAAUAAAAAUGGACUACGUUUUAUUUAAUCUCAGUCCUCCGUGUCCAUCUCCAAGUCCAUUUCCACAUCCAUUUUCUCCGUGUUCACUUUUUCUUUUCAUUAUUACUUGUUUAUAAUGCCUACAAUAACUAGAGAGCGAGCAAUUUGUAUGUUAUUUGGUGCUACAUAUAGCGACGAAAAUUGUAAAAAAUAUGUAAAAAUCAUUGACGAACUAGAAGGCUUGGAUAUUUGCUACAACGAAGAUCCCAUGGAGCCUAUUGUUAUUUCAACCUUCAAAAUCAAUGCAUACCCAUUAAAAUACAGCACAUAUAACAGUAAAACAAUGAGUCCGACGUUAGAAAAAGAAGAAGAUGAAGUUUUUAAAAAGAGCAACUUAGCCAACCAGGCACAACUUGUUGAUUUUGUUAACAGCGUCAUUUUACCAUACGAUCCUCUUAAUGAUGACAUUUAUGAAUGUAGAAGAAUGGAGACAAAAGAGAUUUUGGCGUUGCUAAUGAAACACACAGAUUUAUUAAAUAAGAAAACAGUAAGCAGCUUUGGUAAGUGGCUCAAGUCAGCAAAAGUAGAUCUGCUUAAGUCUCCUGACAAGAGAGUUCUCACUAGUGACAACGAAAAAGUACAAGUGAGAAAUUUAUAUGUUAUGAAAGAGAAAUUCUUAGUCGAUACUGCCAAUAAUAUUGCCAAAUAUUUACAUAAUUACCAAACCAAUGUAAAUGCUUUAAAAAAAAUGGUUACAAAGUUGUUGGAUACGCGAGAAAAUCACUAGGAAACGAAAGCAAUGAAACUCGCCUCAGAUUACUUCGAUUGAUGAGAGAUUGUCUGAAAGGCCGAUCGCUUGUUGAGCGUAUUUUUGUCUCUUUCUCCAGCAAAGCAAAUGAACCAAUGAACAAAAGAGACAAACCAAAAACAGCUGUUCUUGACGAGUUGGAGGUUGAUGGGGACACAAAUGAUUUGAUCAGUUUCA